CGGUACCAUUGCGGAGCCGCUGCGCGGGGGGGGUCCGGUUGGCUCCGCUGGGCUCCGCUCGGCGCCCGUCGGCCGGGAUGGACCUGGGCCCGCUGCGGAAGAGCUACCGGGGGGACGAGGAGGCCUUCGAGGAGCAGCACUUGGCCUCCCGUGACCCCAUCCAGCAGUUCCGAGCCUGGUUCGAGGAGGCCGUGAGCUGCCCGGACAUUGGGGAGCCCAAUGCCAUGUGCCUGGCGACCUGCACCAGGGAUGGGAAGCCCUCGGCCCGCAUGGUGCUGCUGAAGGGCUUUGGGCAGGAUGGGUUCCGCUUCUUCACCAACCACGAGAGCCGCAAGGGGAAGGAGCUGGAUACAAAUCCCUUUGCCUCCUUGGUCUUCUACUGGGAACCCCUCAACCGGCAGGUCCGGAUCGAGGGCUCGGUGAAGCGGCUGCCGGAGGAGGAAUCGGAGCGGUACUUCCAUUCCCGGCCCAGGAGCAGCCAGAUCGGGGCUGUGGUCAGCCGGCAGAGCACCGUCAUUCCGGACAGGGAGUACCUAAGGAAGAGGAACGCGGAGCUGGAGGAGCGGUACCGGGACGCGCCGGUGCCGAAGCCGCCGUACUGGGGGGGUUACAUCCUGCACCCGGACGUGGUGGAGUUCUGGCAGGGGCAGACCAACCGCCUGCACGACCGCAUCGUGUUCCGGCGGCUGCGGGACGGCUCCGAGCCGCUGGGUGCCAUGAGCCACCGCGGAGAGGGCCCCUGGGUCUUCGAGCGCUUCUCACCCUGAUGCAUUGUCCGUGCUUAUCCCUUGGGAAUGGGGUCGGAAGCUGCCCUGCCCCGUGCCCGGUGCUGUGGGGGGGGGGGUACUGAGGGGGGUGGCUCUGUUCCAGCCCCAUUGCCCGGCUCCUUCUUGCUUAAUUCAUCAUGUUCCUGGUUGUGGAUGGACCAAGACAGACCUCAGUGAUCCCCCCCCCAUCACUGCCUCGUGUUUAGUGUGCAAGAAGUGAUUUAAUUGUACAAUAACUUAUUCAAUCGUGGCAUUAACGCCAAUGCUGGCAUUGCCAGCACCGUACCCCAUCUCCCUGUAACCAGGGGACCCCAACUUGGGGGUUCCUCUCACUGUUUCCUCCCCUUCUCCAGCUGCUUGGCCGAGCUUGGAUGUAAUAAAUCCCAGUCAUUGCA